UCCGCUCCCGCCAACUGCGGGCGGAGGCGGAGGGGCCGCGAGGCGGGGGCCAGGGCGUCCCUGCCCGGCCAGGCCCUGCGACUGGCCGCACCGGCUCUAGUCCGUUCACAAACCGUAAUCUCUGUCGAAAACUUGGAACAGAAAGGCGGCACCAGGGAGGAAGCAAAUCAGCCGUACCCCUGCUCCCCAAGACGAGCCGGGUUAACAUUAAGAUGUUUCCUUCCAGUCCGUUUUUCCCUCCCUCCUUACAGCCUGGAAAAAAUGACAGAUCUUGUAGCCGUUUGGGAGGUUGCUUUAAGUGACGGUGUCCACAAGAUUGAAUUUGAACAUGGAACCACAUCAGGCAAACGAGUAGUGUAUGUAGAUGGGAAGGAAGAGAUAAGAAAAGAUUGGAUGUUCAAAUUAGUGGGCAAAGAAACCUUCUGUGUUGGAGCUGCAAAGACAAAAGCAACCAUAAAUAUAGAUGCUGUCAGUGGUUUUGCUUAUGAAUAUACUCUGGAAAUUAAUGGGAAAAGUCUCAAGAAGUAUAUGGAGAACAGAUCAAAAACCACCAAUACUUGGGUAUUACACUUGAAUGGUGAGGACUUUAGAGUUGUUUUGGAAAAAGACACUAUGGAUGUAUGGUGCAAUGGUAAAAAAAUGGAGACAGCAGGUGAGUUUGUAGAUGACGGGACUGAAACUCACUUCAGUAUCGGGAACCAUGAGUGUUAUAUAAAGGCCGUCAGUAGUGGGAAGCGGAAAGAAGGGAUUAUUCACACUCUGAUUGUGGAUGACAGAGAAAUCCCAGAGAGUCUUCAGUGACUUCAUGUUAAUGAAUUCUAAUCUUGGGAAGUAAAGAUCAUGACUUUUUAAUUACUGCGGUAAUUAAAUGUGUUCGGUAUGUACUUAUCAGUACAUUUAGUCUGCAAUGUUUUUAUUUUUUAGUUACUUAAAACUGUAACAUUCCAAGGGUCAGGAAAAAAAUUAUGUACAACCAUAAAAAUUACAAUUUAUUUUGUAAAUAAUGUAAAAUGUUUUAAAACCAAAUGGAAAGUGAGAUAUGGACCAAAAUCACUAAUGUUUUCCAACAGUAAAUUUUACUAUAAUAAACACU